AUGAUGUUAAAUUUGUCUGUUUCAGAUGACAAAAAAAUCAUGGUUGAGAAUUUGCCAAUGGGGAUUUUGUUCUUUUCACAAACAGCUGUUGGGAUUCUUGGCAACUGGUCAAUUCUUCUUCCUUAUGUCAUGCCUAUAUUUACUGGAAAAAAUCUGAUGCCAAAAGACCAGAUUUUGAGGCAUCUGACUUUAGCCAAUUCUUUGGUUAUUAUGUCAAGAGUAAUUCCUCACAUACUGGCACAGCUGGGCUUGCGCAAUCUCCUGGAUGAUACUUUAUGUAAAAUUACUCUCUACAGUAAUCGAGUGUCCCGGGGCAUUUCCCUGCAUUGCACCUGCCUCUUGAGUUGCUUCCAGGCAAUCACAAUCAGCCCCAGCAACUCAAGGUACAUGAAGCUUAAACACUCAGUCUCGAAGUACAUGGUUCAGUCCUGCUCACUCAGCUGGCUUGUACAUUUGCUUCUAAACAGCAAAGCAGCUAUUGAUGUGAUUGGUCCUCAUAAUAACAAUAAUUUUACUAAGAAAAUCAAGUUGGGGUACUGCUCAGCAUUUCUUUUUGGCAACACAGCAACUGUACUACAUCUGUUAUUGCUUUGUUCCACUGAUGGUCUGUGUUUGGGUCUCAUGGUCUGGGCCAGUGUCUUCAUGGUGAGCACCCUCUACAGGCACAAGAGUCAGCUACAGUACAUCCAUGCCCAGCAUUCCUUCAGAGUCUCCCCUGAAGACAGAGCCACAAAAACCAUCUUGAUCCUUGUGUGCACCUUUGUCUUCUCAUACUCAAUGUCCUUCAUAUUAGUUAUCUACACCAUAUUAUUUGACAAUCCAAAGCUGUGGAUAAUCAACAUAUUUACAUUCCUAGACACAUGCUUCCCAACAUUUUGCCCCUUCAUCCUCAUUAGUAAUAACAAAUCUAUUCUCAAGAAUCAUAUUCCCUGCUGUAGGUGA